AUGAUAGGAUGUCUGAUGUACGCGAUGCUGACUACGAGGCCGGAUAUCAGUGCUGCUGUAAACUUCUACAGCCGAUUUCAAAAUCAUGCAACUGAAGAACAAUGGAACGGACUGAAGAAAAUACUGAGAUAUAUUCAACAGACCAAGGAUAUUGGACUGUUCUUUCCAAAGCAACAAUCAGAGGCACUAGUUGGAUAUGCUGAUUCGGAUUGGGGAGGAAAUACAGACCGCAAAUCCAUCUCAGGCUACAUGUUCCAGGUCCUAGGUUCUACCGUUAGUUGGACGACGAAGAAGCAAGCCACGGUCGCUUUGUCCUCUACGGAAGCAGAGUACGUCGCCUUAGCUUCGGCAGGCACUGAGCUAAUCUGGCCGAGGGGUCUUCUCAAGGAUCUGGGAAUCGAUUGUUUGCAGCCCAUCACCGUCUACGAGGACAAUCAAGCGUGCAUUCAUCUGCUACAACGAUGGCAGCACAAUCGACUGAAACAUGUCGAUGUGAACUACAACUUCAUCACAUGUCACGUUACCUACAUCUGCACGACUGUCGCGGAUAUCCUUACCAAGGGACUCAGUAGGAGGCAAUUUGAGAAUUUAAGACAGAAAUUGGGACUUCAACGUUAA